AUGGAAUCAUCCACCAUUGUAGCCAUCCAAGCACUCCAACGGCCGAUUUUGAAAUGUGAUUCAACCUUUUCUCCGCGUAAUUUCUUUCUUACCGAGCCGGAAAUCUUUUCGGGCAUAUUUGCCGCCUUGGAGCAUCUAUUUACGCUAGCCAAACCACGACGAUUGUUUUUCUUGGCCGUCGAUGGGGUUGCACCGCGGGCCAAAAUGAACGAGCAGCGCUCUAGAAGAUUCAAAGCCGCCCAAGCUACCGAUGCGAUGAUGAAAAGAAGAUUAGAGUACCACAGACGAUCCGACCCAAUUAGCUUUGAUAGCAACUGUAUCACUCCUGGUACCCCUUUUAUGGCUCGAUUACACGAGCAAUUGAAAUAUUUUAUCAAUAAGAAGGUCUCAGAGGAUCCCACAUGGCAGACAGUCCAAGUGAUCCUCAGCGGCCACGACGUACCUGGGGAAGGCGAACACAAAAUCAUGGAAUACAUCCGACGCGCCAAAACCCUAGAUGACUAUAAUCCGCACAUUCGCCAUUGUAUUUAUGGAUUGGAUGCCGAUCUGAUCAUGCUGGCUCUGCUCUCACACGAGCCUCACUUUUGUCUCCUACGCGAAGAAAAUAGGAUGCCUUUCAAGAGAAAACCGAGCGUCAACUUAAAGGACCAAUCCUUCCAUCUCCUGCAAAUCGCCGCGUUUCGCGACUACCUCAACUGGGAAUUUUCAAAUUUACACUCGAUUCAACACUUCAAAUAUGAUAUCACCCGGAUCAUCGACGACUUCAUUCUGUUGUGCAUCUUUGUUGGAAACGAUUUCUUGCCCCAUCUUCCUAAUCUGCACAUCGAUGAUGGUGCAAUCGGACUCUUGCUCGACAUCUACAAAAAGGUGUUACCCCAGGCUGGAGGAUAUUUGAAUGAUGCCGGGACUCUUCAUACCCAUCGAUUGCAACUCAUUCUAGACGAAUUAGUUUCCCACGAGAUUCAAUUUUUCGAGCUCUCACAUGAUGUCAGACAACGUCGUACCGGGAAACCGGGCUUCGACUUCCCCUUGAAUGAUACCCAACGCGCUCUAGUUGAUCAGGUUGAAGUAUUUGUCAGAACGCAGAUGUAUUCGCCGAGCAAAUCUACUGCACAGUUGAUUCUAUCAGGCUGUUAUGAUCGUCUGGACAGAUGUUUACUUCGGAGCUUGGCCGACAAGCUUGAUCUAUGGAUUUCGUUUGACAAUCAAGAGGAGACUCAUGCGCCCGUAAUCAGUCUAGGAUUCCUUCCAGACGAUCUGCAGCUCUCGAAGGAUCCAGUCAUCGAUGCCGCCCAUAGCAUCUUGCGUGAUCUCCACGUCGGUGAAUCCUCCACCACUCAACCUCAGACUCAGCGUUUUUCCUUGGACUCUAGUGCCGAAGACAUGCUUCAAAGAGUCAAGCGAACUCCGGGACGAUGGGGGAUGUAUGGGCGGGUGUACAAGGAAAAUGACGACGAACAUUUCCAUACUACCUUCCGCCAAUGGAAAACAACUUACUAUCGUGACAAAAUGACGCUGGACUAUGACGAUUCUAACCAACUUCAUAAGAUUACCCAUGCGUAUGUCGAGGGCUUACAAUGGAUUUUGCUCUAUUACUACCAAGGCGUUGCGUCCUGGAGCUGGGCAUACCCUUACCAUUACUCCCCGAUGAUAUCUGAUCUAGACAAAGUGGCUUCAUACAAGUUUGCCUUCGAGCUUGACAAUCCGUUCAAGCCGUUCGAACAACUCUUGGGUGUUCUUCCUGGGCUGAGCUCGUCUCAUGUUCCUGUUGCAUUUCAAGAUCUCAUGACCAGCCCAACAUCGCCCAUCUUUGAUCUAUAUCCGACUCAAUUUGAAACCGAUCUCAAUGGCAAGAGGAGCGACUGGCAAGCGAUAGCCAAGAUACCAUUUAUUGACUCUAGACGGCUUUUGGAAGCUAUGAAAGCUCAUGAGUGGGAACUGACGGAUGAAGAAGUCAACCGAAACCGGGUUGGACCCACUUGGCAAUUCCGCUACAACCCCCAAACAUCCCCUACCCAUUAUCCAUCACCCCUACCCAACCAUUUCCCCCAUCUCGACUACUGUCGCGCUCAGAUGUCCGUCUAUAAUCUCCCCAUCGUGCCUAAAAAACUCCAGGCCGGUAUUCUCAACCACUCUGACAAUCUUGCCAAGGAUAUCGAAAGGUUCAUGGCGCUUCGUCUUUAG